AAUCCAUAAUUAAUGGCGGAUUCCACAAAAUCAUUGAACUUUUCCUUCAUUUCUAUUCUGUGGGACCAUAGGACUAUAAUAAUAUUUUAUAAUGUAUAAGGCAUCAUGACCUGGUAUCUAAAAUAACCUGUACCUCUCGUGAGAGCGGUCCCCAAUACUACUUAGGGUUUGCUAUAAUAUUGUCAACGUUGAAAAAGAUGAGGGCCCUAUACGUCCCUAUAUAUCUUCAUAGGGUAAGUCAGUUAUUAGGGUUUUGGGUUCUUGCGCCCUUCUCUCUCCGUCAAACCUUCAUGGAUGUUGAAGAUGCAGCUGAUCUUUCCAUGCGUCUCUUCUUUGAUGAUGAAGUAGAAACAGCAGAAGCAUUUGAGGACGAUAGUAGUAUGAUGAGAGUUCUUAGGGAGGAGCAAGAGGAGCACCACCUCCGGACCACAAAGUCGUGCUUCACGAUAAGGCAGCUCCCCUCGGAGGGCCUCUCAUUCCAGCUCUGGCCGGCUGCCUCUGCGCUCGUCUCGUUCUUGGAUGAUGAUGCAAAGGUGGUAGUCAAGGGGAAGAGAAUAUUGGAGUUGGGGUCAGGGACGGGCAUGGUGGGCGUCGCAGCAGCCAUGUUGGGAGCCCAUGUGACAAUGACGGACUUGCCGCACGUCCUUCCCAACCUCUCCUUCAAUGCCGAUGCCAACCAACGUGCAGUUGAGGUCACCGGGAGAGGUGGAUCUCUCCACGUGCAACCCCUCACUUGGGGCCACGACCACGACUGUCACCUUCUCCUUCAAGCAGGUGGGGGUGGUGGGUUUGAUAUGGUGUUAGGGUCGGACCUGGUUUACCACGACCACCUCUUUGACCCUCUGUUGAGGACCCUCCAAUUCUUUGUCAAGGAGGAAGUGCAAUUUGUGAUGGCCCACCUCAAAAGGUGGAAGAAGGAGGCAGCCUUCUUCAAGAAAGCGAAGAAGCUGUGGGACAUUGACCCACUCUUCACUUAUCCACCCUUAUCAUCGUCAUCGUCCUCUGGCAGCCGGACAGGGGUCACUAUCCAUCGCUUCACUGAUGCACGAAAGAAAGGACGAACCGCUCAACAACACCAACAUAACAAGCCAACAACAACAAUCUCAUCCACUUCUCCCUAACAUCUUAGUCUUCUACUUGUUUCUCAGCUACUCUUGCAAUGGAUCUUUUUGCCCUUUUUCCCCUCCCUCCACCUUUUGCACCAUUCAUUUUACUAGCUGGAGAGAGACAUAGCCAACA